GGGACGUCCAUAGGUAAAUGUCCAAAAAACAAGCUGUUCAAAGGGUAUAUUGAAUUGGAGCUACAGUUGCGAGAGUUUGAUCGCUGCCGAAAGCUGUAUGAAAAAUUCCUGGAGUUUGCACCGGAAAACUGUACGUCAUGGAUUAAGUUUGCUGAACUGGAGACCAUUCUUGGCGACAUCGACAGAGCCCGUGCGAUAUACGAGUUGGCCAUUGGCCAGCCCCGGCUAGACAUGCCAGAGGUUCUUUGGAAAUCCUACAUCGACUUUGAAAUUGAGCAGGAGGAGUUUGAGAAAACCAGAAACCUGUACCGCAGGUUGCUCCAGCGGACACAGCACGUGAAGGUCUGGAUCAGCUUUGCGCAGUUUGAGCUGUCCGCGAGGAGGGAGGGGAGUCUGUCGCGCUGCCGGCAGAUUUACGAAGAGGCUAAUAAGGCGAUGCGAAGCUGUGAGGAGAAAGAAGAGAGAGUCAUGCUUCUGGAAUCCUGGAGAAACUUCGAAGGGGAGUUUGGAACCGACACCACGAAGGAGAGGAUAGAUAAGCUUAUGCCUGAGAAAAUAAAGAAGAGGAGGAAACUGCAGGCUGAAGAUGGGUCUGAUGCCGGCUGGGAGGAAUACUAUGAUUAUAUUUUCCCAGAAGAUACUGCCAAUCAGCCUAAUCUCAAACUGCUUGCUAUGGCUAAACUCUGGAAGAAACAGCAGCAGGAGAGUGAAGCUGCAGAAGCAGAUCCAGACAAAGACAUUGAUGAAAGCCAGUCUUAA